AAAUGAUGAAUAUUCUUCUUCUUCUUCUGUGACUUCAAGAUCUAUUAUCUCUGAGCUUACACUAAUUUCAAGUCUUAGCCAUGGGUGGUGGUGGUGAUCACAAAGAGAAGACCACUAUAAUGGUGCUCAAGGUUGAUCUUCAGUGCCCUUGCUGCUACAAGAAGACCAAGAAAAUUCUCUGCAAAAUCCCUCAAGUUAGAAACCAGUUGUAUGAUGAAAAGGCAAAUACUGUCACUAUUACUGUAGUGUGCUGCAGUCCUGAAAGGAUUCGUGACAAAUUGUGUUGUAAAGGAGGAAAAACGAUCAAGAGCAUUGAGAUCAAAGAGCCCACGAAGCCCAAGGAUGGUGAGAAACCCAAAGGGACCGAAAAGCCCAAGGAUGGUGAAAAGCCGAAAGGGACCGAGAAACCCAAGGUUGUCACCUUUGAAAAGCCCAAGGAGGGUGAGAAGCCCAAGGAAAAGGCAAAGGAGGGCGAGAAGCCCAAAGGCCAGGAAAAGCCCACGGUAAUUGAUAAGCCCAAGGACAAACCAAAAGAUGCCGAAAAGCCCAAGGACGGUCCUACAGCUGCAAUGGUGGCAACACCGUGGAUGUCAGAGCCAAUGAUGAUGAUGCCGCCAGUCCAAGGAUACCCUCAGGCAGCACAUGGAUGUGGUUGCGGGCAAUGUUACUAUACGCCGUGUUAUCAGUAUUAUGGAACGCCAGCACCGCCACAGCCCGCCCCAUAUUACAGUAACUACUCAUAUGGUUAUGGGCCUGGGCCUGGCCCAUCUAGCUAUGGAAAGGGCUGUUAUGUGAACAAUGAUUACUUUAAUGAUGAGAAUGCUCAAGGAUGUACAAUUAUGUAAAUGUGACCCAAUUAGUGUGGGUCACUGAAUAGGGCCUUCUUUGUGCUUUUUCUUGGGCUUUUGCAAAAUGUCCAGAACAAAGUUUUGGGCUCUACGUGGAUGUCUUUUCUCUGUAUUACUAUUGUAUUUAUUAAUUUCAAAUACGAUGUACGAGGUAUAGUUUUAUUUUAAAGAAAAAAAGUGCAGACAGAGAAUAAUACGUAGGUGACCAGAUGGCUGGUGAACUGUCUUGUUUUAUAGUAAUUCGUUAUACAUUUGAUUAAGAAAAAUCACUUCACUAA